AACGACUUUUGAAAUGGUACUAUUUGAAAAAGAGAAGUAUACAGCAGAACAAAGUUUCAUUUGCACUAGCAUAGUUGAUGGCCAGGAGUAUCAAAAGCUUUAUUACCUGAUUAUAAUUAAAGAAAUGAAGUGUAAUGGCAAAACAAGAUUUCAUGAAGGAGAUAAGGCUGAACUUGAAUGUUCGAUAGAUGCUAUAUAUUUUCCUGAUAUUAUCUUUAAUUACAAAGGACAUGUUUCUAAACAAUGGUUUCAGAUAUCUUCAAUUGGAAAAAAUUUAACAUUCAAUGUUGAUUAUUCCGACGACAAAGCUCGGAUUGUCUGUUCCAUAGUACCAAAAGGACCACAGUGCCAUUUUGAUCUUCAAGUUUUAUACGAAAUGAUGGACUUUGAAACGCCAGAAAACAAGUCACUGGAAGCUGGCGAGCCAAUCGAAUGCAAAGCUUCAGGCAACCCGAGUCCGACAGUAAGAAUGUCCGUGAAACGUACUCCAACCGAUGAUGACUGGGUCUUCUUUAACAGUUCUACGAGUGGCAGUGCCGUUGUUUAUUUAAACGAAAGUUACAACGGUGACUCGUCAGAGUUGAAAUGCAGAUUCGAAAGUGCAUUGACUAAUAAAAUAAUUGAGAAAAUUGUCAAAUUGAACAUUGUAGGAUCCAAAGGAAUUUUAGGAAACGUUGCCUCAAAGUUGCAAGAGAACAACUACUUGUUACUGAUCGUUAUAAUUGUGAUAGCACUGGUUGUACUGCUUAUCGUAAUUGCAAUAAUCAUCUACAAGCGAAAGAAAAAUAGCCAGAAAAAGAAUAAGAAAGCCGAGGUAGCUCUCCUGAAAUCUGAACCAAGAAAAGAUUACAAAAAUGAGUCUGUUUGAAAUGAUCUUAUUGGGGAGAUAGAAGAUCGUGACAAAGUUGGAAGAAAAAUAAAAAACUAUGAAAAAUAUUUUUUAAUGUAUUUCAUUUAUUUAUGUUAAUUUAAUUCUUUCUUAUCGUUUCAAAACAGCAUACAUACCAUACUACAUGAAUCUGAAUGCUUAAAAUAAUACAAUAUGAUUAAUUACAAUAGACUAAACAUCGUGUGUCGUGUCGUUAUUUCAUAUUUUUUAUGACUCGUAUCAUUCAUAACUCUUGUACAUUAUAAUGCAUUGAUAAGUAUGUUGCCGUCGUAACCUACAUCAUUUUGUCUUGAUAAUAACAACACAACACUGAUCAAAUUGCACAUUUAUGACAUCAUCAUAUCUCAACUUUAAUAGUUCAAUCUCAAAAUACAAUAAAAACCAUUGUUAGUUGACACAUAACUUUGUCCUAUCAUUUUGUUGUAAAAUUAAUUAGGUGAAAACAUUGAAAUAUAUAUAUAUAUAUUUUUUAAUAUUAAAAUGGCUACGCUUUUCAUUAAAUUUGAAAAUUAAUGCUUAAAAUAAUUUUAUUAAUAAAGUUUGUUGCUUCUCUAUUGCCUUAAUUCAUAAUAUUAGACAUAAAUAAGUUUUGUGUGUAUAACUUGGUGGAAAUAAUUUUUCUGAAAUCUGGAAUGCAAUGUAAAUAUUGUUCACAACGAUCUUGUACCACAUAAUUUGCUUGUUUUAAGGUAGAACCAGUUUGAGACGAUUGAAAUUCUCGUUUAAAUUUUGCGUACGAUUAAAUAAUGUUCAACUUUUAUAGACCUGAUUAAAGCUGUAUUUUGUUAAAAAAGCUUUCAAUAUUUCUAUUUCCCGAAAGUAGUUAAACUCUGUUUCGAUGUAUUGAAUCCAUGUGAACCUUUUUUAUCUGAAUCGAAUUUACAUGCGUCCAAAUUACUCUAUCAUUGAAAUUAUUAUUAUAAUUAACCAAUUAUUAUUAUUAAUUUUAAACAUUGAUAAAAUUCUUAACAAGUGCUGUGGGUGAUUAUGUUUGAUAUGUAAUAAAAAUGUUUAAAAAGCCA